AUGAUGAGUCUGGGCCCGAUUCGAACGGCGGAUGAGUUUAUUCCAGCCUUCGAGAGCAUUUUAGAAAGCAUCAUUGAACGUAAAGAAAGUCAUGAUAACAUAACUCUCAGCGAAGAUGGUCUAAACACUGUUCAGAAUUUAUUUGACGUUGUUUCGAGUGGGGAUUUACGACCAGAACCUUCAGCUGCAGACACUUUAGCGUGGUGUGAUGGCUUCAUCGCAGAUUGGGAAUCCUCAGGGGGCAAAUCUGCAGCAGUUCAACAGCUAAUAACUCUGCUUAGACGUCCUCAUGUCCGAGGUGUACUGAUGGCUACUGAAGAUAUCUCCUCAUGUCGGUAUUUGCCUCAACUACCAUCAGUCCCAUUUGAGGUUGAUGAAGAUGAGGGUAUUGCUGUUAAGAUUGUUCGCAUAAGUAGAAAAGAUGAACCUUUAGGAGCCACGAUUCGUUGUGAAAAUGGCAAAGUUAUAAUUGCGCGAAUUAUUGCGGGAGGAGUAGCCGAUCGCAGUGCUUGUAUUCAGGAAGGAGAUCGUGUUUUGGAAGUUAAUGGUUAUCCCGUUUCUCCGGAAAUGUCAGCGGACGAUAUUGUUCGUUUGUUGAACAAGUCAGAGAACGGAAGCGUGACAUUCAAGUUGAUUCCUCCUGAAAUUCCUUCUACUGACCCUGAUCACACCCAGCUUUUCAUACGAGCUCAAUUUGAUUAUAAUGGUUCGAAUGAUUCGAGACAGCCUUGUCCUGAAACUUCGUUAAGUUUCAAGAAGGGGGACAUUCUAGAACUUUUAGUUUGUACUGACACUCACUGGUGGCAGGCUAGAUGUAUAGGCAAUAGUUCUCUAGCUGGUAAUGAGGGAGUUAAAUCAAAUUGUCAUCGUGUUGGAUUGAUACCAUCAGAGUUCUUGCAACAUCGGCUUAAAAUGUUGGAACGCGAUAGAGACAGCAAAGGACCGAAAACAAAUGAAAGAUCCAGAACAACAGCACCAGAAGAGGAAUUAGUCUAUGAAUCUGUUUGUCGUUUUCGAGCUAGGCCAGGCAUUAUCAGGCCCAUCAUUCUGAUUGGACCACCAGGAGUCGGAAGGAAUGAAUUGAAAAGGAGAUUGUUAAUGUUGUUCCCUGAAAGGUUCUCCACCACAAUCCCUCAUACGAGUCGUUCACCUCGGCCAGGUGAGAAACAAGGAGUUGAUUAUUACUAUGUUCCACGCGAGCAAAUGGAAUCUAUGAUUUCGCGGGGUGAUAUGCUCGAAUUCGGCGAAUAUAGAGGUAACUUAUAUGGAACGGCAUUAUCGUCGGUAGAAUUGGCUCGAGAUAAAGGAACGCCUCUAUUAACCCCUCAUCCAUUGGCUUUACGUCAAUUGCGAACUCCGGAAUUUCGACCAAUCAUUAUUUUUGUUCAGCCGCCGGAUUUAGCAACUUUUAAGGAAACAAGAUCUGCGUUCCGAGCAAGGACAUCUCGUGCCGGUUCCAUGGCAUCGGCCGGCACAAGUACAAUAGGCAGAGGAUUCAGUGACUCGGAAAUAGAGCAAAUUGUCGAGUCAGGAAGACAACUAGAAGAGCAAUAUGGUCAUUUGUUUGAUGCUCGACUUAUCAAUUGUAACCUUGAGGAAAGUUUGAGCAGACUCAUAACACUCAUACAAGCGUUCGAGACUAGACCUUCAUGGGUGCCAUUAAGUUGGGCAACACGUGAAUAA